AGAUGCUUUUUUUGGCCUAGGAGAUGUAUAUAAAUUAUCCCUUAUGUUUUGAUUUCUUCCUAACUAUUUUCGUCUUUGUAUUGUUGUUCUACAUUACACGUCAUCUUUCUCUGUUGGGCGAAAGAGAAAUGGCAGGAUAUGAGAGAAACGACGAGUUUAUCUCCAAAAAUGGUCAUGAACGCGAGGGGGCAACAAUGGAACAGAAAUAUGGAGGUCUAGCACCAAAGAAGAAGCCCUUAAUCUCAAAGGAUCAUGAACGUGCUUUUUUUGAUUCAGCAGACUGGGCCUUAUGCAAGCAAGGUGCAGGGAUAAAUGAGAAAUCAACGAUAGCUAUAGAGACCUUGCGACCAAAAUUAGAGAGAACACCUCGUCAGUGUUUGCCUCCAAGACGACCUGCUUGUAUAUCUGGAGGAGACAACCAUGUAGAGUAACAAGUGUACAAAAUGCACAAAAGGAUGCUAGGACAUGCUAGCAAUUUUAAUGGUUAGCUGGUUAAGACUUGCCUCUUUAUAUCCAGGGCUUGCUGUUCGACUCUCCUUCCACUCUUUUUAAGUUAUUUUUGACUAC